CCACGCAAAGAAAACAUAAUGACUCCAUGACAUCUCCUCUCUCUCUCUCUCUCUCUCUCUUCUCUCCAAUUCAAAAGUUAUCGUCUUUGUUGCUGGAUCAUCGUUCAACCGGUUGCUUUCAGCGAACCCACGAAUUAGCCAGCUUCAUUCAAUCGAAUCGCUGAAUAAAGGGGGUCUCCUUAAUCUGUUUAUCCUCAUCGCUAUCGAAUUGAUCGUUCCGUUUCCCGAUUUGGCAGUCCCCUUUGAAUCGUAGCCGGCGUGUAUGCCGACCGUGUCGGUGUUCGUCGAAGGAAGCUCUUGAUUCGCGUGUUCAUGGAGGGAAUCGGCUCGGGUCCCGGCAAUCGAGCUCCAAAGGUCAAUACUUUGGGCUCCGGGGUUUUCAGCUCUGUCGUCCCCGAUACGGAUGACCAGAUUUCCGAUACGUUGCCUGAUGGAGGUGCUGUUAGGAAUCUAUGGGUUCAUGAUGCUCCAAUAUCCGCUAUUGAUUCUUCGAGCGACAGGACUUCGGCUGCAAAAUGUGAGGCUGAACCAUGCCAGAGCAGUAACAAGGAGAGCAGUGGGAAAGGAGGAUCAAAGAGUAAUGAUCAGAAGCCUGGAAAGUACUUCUAUUAUGAUUCACCACUUCAGGAAGAUACAGGCAUGUGGAUACCUGUUUCCUGUCCACCUAUGUUGGAAAAUCAUCAAGAAGAUUGGACUAGAAGUUUUUACUCAAAUGGGGGUUAUUUUCCAGAAGGGGACUUGGGGUGGAACCAGUACGUCAUGGAAGAAAAGGAGCUUACUAUGUGGGAUGUAUUAGUUGAAAUGUUACUCGCAGCCCGAGGCAAAGUAAGUGCUCUUACUUCAGGUGAUAUUAGUAGUAAGUUCUCGUGGAUGUCUACUCAUCUGCUUGAGCAAGCUUGGCAAGAAAUGGCUCAAACUCUCACUGAGGCCAGUUUUGGAAAUGUGAGGGAAAUUCUUGAAGCAGAGCCACCAAGAUGGAUGGCAGACAGCAGUGCUUCAGCAUGUAUGCUGUGUAGUGUGCGCUUUCAUCCAAUCAUGCGUUCUAGGCAUCAUUGCCGAUUCUGUGGAGGAGUGUUUUGUGGCGAGUGCUCUAGAGGAAGGAGCUUGUUGCCUGUAAAAUUCCGGAUUAGCGAUCCCCAGAGAGUGUGUGACGUCUGCUGCGUGCGGCUUGAGUCUGUCCAGCCUUACCUAAUGGAUCAAGUAAGCCACGCUUCUCAGUUUCCGACCCAAGACCUGACCGACCUUAGUACGUUGAGAUCCUGGAUCAAUUUUCCAUGGGGACAAUCAAUGGAACAUGAGAUUUACAAGGCAACAAACGCAAUCCGAGGUUAUAGUAAGGUGGGUUCACUAAAACCUGAGAAGGCAAUUCCUGAUGCCAUUUUACGACAAGCGAAAGGCCUUGCAAUAAUUAGUGUUGCAAAAGUUGGUAUGAUGGUAACUUACAAUAUUGGAACCGGCCUUGUGGUUGCUCGUAGGCAAGAUGGCUCAUGGUCUCCACCUUCUGCAAUUUCUGCAUUUGGAAUAGGGUGGGGAGCACAGGCUGGAGGAGAAGUGACAGACUUCAUAAUAGUGUUGAGAACAACCGAGGCUGUGAAGACAUUUAGUGGUACUGCUCAUAUUUCACUUGGGGCUGGUUUGAGUGCGGCAGUCGGUACCAUUGGAAGGACUGCUGAAGCUGAUGUACGAGCAGGGGAUGGUGGCUACGCUGCCUGUUAUACGUACAGCUGCAGUAAAGGUGCUUUUGUUGGAUGUUCCCUUGAAGGCAGUGUUGUGACAACGCGGACGAGAGAAAAUUGCCGAUUUUAUGGGAGCCAGUCAAUAAAUGCAUUGGACAUACUACUUGGUUCAUUGCCGAGGCCGCCAGCUGCUGCCAUCCUUUAUAAUGCGCUCGCAGACAUGUACCAGAGGCUGGAGUGGUCAUUACCAAAUUAGUGCCGUGCAACUUGGCCGGUUGUCCCCGAAACGGCCUAUGGAAGUGCUGCAAUUCUUUCCACUGUAAAGUUGUCUAUUUUUAUCAAGUGUACAGCAUGUCCAAACUCAUGGCUAGGGUUUCAGGAGGAAUAUGUAAAUAGUUAUAAUUGCUGGGAUCAAUCUCUCGAAUGUACAUAAAGCUGUCCAUUUCAUA